GCGGCGACUGGCCUUUCGGCACUGUCUCGGAUAGACCUUCCAUCGAUGGCACGUGGCACGACAUUCCUGCUGACGCUGGCGGCACUUUUCUUUGCGUCAAGUAAUGGAAAAGAAUCCGUCUCAACAGAAGACACAAAGCAGCCUUUCACGAUCUCUGACAUUAUUCCCGGCAACCUGAGUGGCGUUCAGAGCAAUUUUAAGUGGAUAACAGAAAAUGACUUCACCUACCAGGACGAAAAUGGCACCAUAUGGCUUGCGAGUAUCAAUGAGACUGAUGAGAGUCAAGUAUUGAGGUGGCCGCUGAGGGGGGACGACUACGAUUUGGCUAAUGCCUACAGCAUUUCGCCAUCUCUCGACUAUAUCUGCAUCUCAAUACAUCAGAAGCAGGCAUUUGUUUAUGAAAAUGAUAUAUUUUAUCAGUCAUCUCCAACUGCCCAGCCAAUUAAAUUGACAAACACCGGAUCGAAAGUCGUGUUCAACGGAGUACCGGACUGGGUUUAUGAAGAGGAGGUUCUGGAAUCAGACAGCGCAAUGUGGUGGUCGCAUUCCGGCGGUCAUCUGGCAUACCUGACAAUCAAUGACACUAGGGUGCAGAAUAUUUCCAUGACUUACUACCCAGAACCUCCGGCAGUAUAUCCAGAAAUCAUUAACAUCUCCUACCCGAAGGUCAACACGCCCAUACCGGAAGUGCGAGUAAAUAUUUGGAGCCGCGCUUCGAACAAAACCGUGCCAAUUUCCCCUCCAAAGGAGGUCGAAAACUUGCUAGACCGCUAUUACGCCAAUCGACUAUCAUGGCUGAAGCGGUCGGUGAGAGGUGAAGAAUUCGCACUCAUCACGUGGGCAAACAGGGUGCAGAACAUGGGCUACUUUACGGUCUGUUCUUCACGCAGUGGUCAGUGCACAAUUAGUCACAAGCAGAAUUAUACCGACUACUGGGUGCAGCCCUCGGAGUGUAGGAUUUUUCCCGGCGACGGUGACAACAUCUUCUUGACGCUACCGAAGCAGCAAGAAUCGGGGUUCUUUCAGCAUUUGGCUAAUUCUUUGAAAUUUCUAACCAGUGGCGCCUGGGGCGUGACCGAAAUCGUUGGAUUUUCCAAACGUCUGAACCGAGUGUAA